AUGUUGACUGAGCUCUACAGGGGUGUCCCUCGAGUAUCUACUACUGUAUCUUCCACACCAGUCUAUUUCAAAAAUGGCAGACAAGCAAAUCUCAAGGCAUCUCAAUGGUCCAAAAGUUACAGAGUCCCAUUCAAAAAGGAAGGCUAUGAAAAUCCCAGUCUCGGUGGAGGAGAAGACAAUGACCACCCCAUCAUUAAUUCCUCAAGAUUUUCUGAAAUUGUUAAGGAUGAUAAAAUUGAGAAGCAGAUGAAAACAUUUGCUUGGUUACAUGUGAAUGCAAGUAAUUCUGAAGGACAAGUUAAGAAGAAGUGCUUGCUAGAAGGACUUUUAGCCAAUUCAGCAGGAUUGUUUACAGAACCUCAUCCCCAAAGCUCAACCGUUGAGCCUACUUGCAAAGCAUUGGUCAUUGGUGGUUCCCCUCUUCCCCCUAAUUAG